UGCAUCAGUCUGUUGGCGCUCAAAUGGGUUAUUGCGCACACAGAAAGCUGAACUAUCGCACCGACUCCAACUAUGAAGUGUGAACGCGUCCUAUUUCUGCGCGUCAGACAGAUAUGAGGGCUUUGGACCGCUGCGGAAACUUGCGUUUGUUUGAUUUCUCCUUUAAUUGAAGACAUAAGUGAUGCUCACUAUGCGGAUUGACUCUGGGGCUGUGUGAACUGCGAUUUUCUCUUAUGAGAGCAGUUUAAUGCGCUCUUUAUCCAUUUAUUUCAGAGGAUUAGUCCUUCCAUCUUUAACGAUGGGUUCUGUGAUGUUGGACUGGAGGCUAUCUUGUCUUCUUCUGCAGGCAGCUGUAAUGCUGCUGCUCAGCAAGGGGGAGAGGAUGUGCCCCGCGAGUUGUCGCUGUGAAGGAAAGAUUGUUUAUUGCGAGUCUGGCAUCUUCCAAGACAUCCCAGAAAACAUCACCACAGGUUGCCAAGGUCUGUCUCUGCGUUAUAAUAACCUGCUGGUUCUGUUGCCGUACCAGUUUGCUCAUCUCAACCAGCUCAUCUGGCUUUACCUGGACCACAACUCCAUCAACACUAUAGAUGCUUUGGCCUUUCAUGGUGUGCGCAGACUCAAAGAACUGAUUCUCAGUUCCAAUAAAAUAAAUUAUCUACAAAAUAAUACUUUCAGCGCCAUACCUAACCUGCGAAAUCUGGACUUAUCUUACAAUCAGCUGCAGUACUUGCAGCCAGGCCAUUUCUAUGGACUUCGUAAGCUACAGAAUCUACACCUUCGAUCUAAUGGACUGAAGCAGAUCUUCAUCCGAACCUUUCUGGAAUGCCGUAGCCUGGAGUUUUUAGACUUGGGUUACAAUCGCUUGCGGAGCCUCACUCGUACAACAUUCUUAGGGCUGUUUAAAUUAAAAGAACUUCACUUGGAACACAAUCAAUUUUCCAGGAUUAAUUUCUUUAUUUUCCCACGUCUUACCAACCUCCAGGCCCUUUAUUUGCAGUGGAACCGCAUACGAUCCAUUAAUCAAGGUGUGCCUUGGACCUGGCAGAAACUGCAGAAAUUGGACCUUUCAGGGAAUGAAAUCCAAAUGUUGGAUCCUGCUGUUUUUCAGUGUAUGCCCAACUUGCAGAUACUCAACCUUGAAUCAAACAAGCUCAGCAGUGUGCCUGUGGAAGCUGUGGCAGCGUGGACUUCCGUAACCACCAUCAGUCUGGCCGGUAAUGCCUGGGACUGCAGCCCCAGCAUCUGUCCACUAAUGAGAUGGCUUAAAACCAUCAGAGACUCCAAAGACAUUAGUAUGAUAUGCAGCAGUCCUAAGAGUGUGCAGGGGGAGCGAGUCGUGGACGCAGUGAGGAACCACACGACAUGUGUGGACAUGUCAAAAGUGUUCUCAACCACAGCUCUAAUUACACUGACUUCAGCCACAGUUGAGAACAUUACAGCUGUCACCUCUGCCUCUGAUGCUGCAGACUUGGCUUAUCCCGAGACAACAGUGCUGAUAUUAACUCCUCCACCUGUCCAUCAUAUUGGGGCAGACAAAAAGACAAUAAAGGAGUCCACACCUAUGAAUACCAUGUCACCUACCUCCCCUGAAGCCCCCACUUUCAUCCCAGAGCUACAGUUUGAACAUAUGGCUUUCCAUAAAAUCAUUGCAGGCAGCGUAGCCCUGUUUCUGUCAGUCUCAUUGAUUCUCCUGGUUAUUUAUGUUUCGUGGAGGCGCUACCCCAACACCAUGAGGCAGCUGCAGCAGCACUCAGUCAACCAUAAGCGCAGGAAAAAGUCCCGAAAGCAAGAGCAGGACCUAAACUCUCAGUUGCAGGAGUACUAUCUGAGCUAUCAUUCGAACUCAGAGACCAUGGACUCUUUGGUGAAUGAGCCAAGGCCGUGCACGUGUACCAUAUCAGGAUCAAUAGAAUGUGAAGUCUGAGUAGCAAGCCCACCUUAAGAGACUAAAAGUGCAAUUGCUAAGCAGAGGUAAACGAUCUUUCCAUGAGAUGAAAUGGUUUCACCCCUAAUAUGAGAUGAUAGAUUUCACAGCAUUGAAGGAAGUACUGGGGGGCAUAGUACAUUAUAAUUAUGUGCACAGAAAAGGAAGACUGGAACUGGGAGAUAUAUUUGGAGCGAGCUAAUUAUCGCUCUGACUGACACAAGAACAGUGACAGGGUCAUCCAGGUUAGCGUGAGUGAUCUACUGAACCACUGGACCUCUGCAGUAGAACUCACCUCUGUAAAGAGAGUGACCUCAUUCAUAAUAAGAAGUUAUUGCCAUAGACUCAAGAACCAUCAAAAGCUACUUUAUACUCACCAGUUUUGAUUUAUAGUGUAACUUGUAAAGCAUUUGGGAUGUGUGAGAGCAUCUUUGAGUGUCCAUGUGUGCUUCUGUCUAGAGUGUGUGUAUGUGUGUGUGUCAUGAGGUGGUGCUGAUUAUCUCCCGGUGGAAGAAUUACAGUGCAGCACCUUAUUAAAACUAUUUGUCCAAUUAUGCUUUUUCGCAUUUGGCAUAUGGGUGCAGUACUCAGAAGAAGUGCUGCUGCUGAAAAGAAACAAUGGGGGAAUAGUCAUAAAGACAGCACCUGGUCCUGAGAUAUUUUGCAUGAAAUAACUGUCCUUACUUAAGAUAUACCAUGUUAUUAAACAAUAUUAUUAGUUCUGUUUAAUGAUAAAGUAGCAUUUUGAUUAAUUGUGAUAUCAACCCCAAUAUUUCCCACUCAAGAGUCUAAUCUCAGGACUUAUAUUUUCAAGAUGUACAAAUCUGGUAACGAUGUGUCAAACCUAAUGGUGUUGAUUUUCAUAAUGAAUUUUGUAUUGAUUACUUUUAUUCAGAUUAUGCAUUGUUUGUGUAAAAACAUAACAACAUGAGUAUUAGGCAUUCUGUGUGAUAAUGACAAUAUGAUUAAAAGAAAUACUGAUUACUGAUGAAAAUGUGGUGAUCAGAAUAUCAUUUAGUUUAGCAUUUGAUUAAUUACACGGAAAGAAUAAAUUCUCGGCGCAAAAUCCCUGCAUUGUAUUCCCGAUGGUGAACAUUUUAUUGGAUCUGCUGCAGAGAGAAGGCAGGCUGACAUAUUUCUCAUCACGUGUCUUGUUUUCUCCCUCUUUUCUCCUAUAUCCUCUCUUGGCACUGUAUUGACAAUAGUAUUUAUUGUAUCUGAGUUGCUCAGGAUGGAGGCCCGUGUCAGCUCCUGAGACACAAUCCAGUCAUAUUGUGUAUGGCGUAAAAAUGAGCUGUUUUAUACUCUCUGUUCUGCUCGUAAACGGGUUUGGUUUUAAUGGAAGUGGAGCCCAAGUAGGCAAAGCUAUUCUUUGGAAAAGACAUUCCAGUCCCUGAAAAAACACAGAAUCUCUGCUUUAUGUAACCAUGUCAGUGCUUAAUUUGGAAGUAUUUCACUUCUGCUGUGAGAGAAAAGGGGGAGAAUAAAGGCCGGCAACUGUGAGACUGUGGGUGUUACGGGUCAAGGCCGUUUAUGCUGUUAGAAAUACUUCACCCACCUUGGCCUGUCUUCUCCCUUUCCCCUCCAUCCUUCUUGCCCUCCCUCGUUUUUUUUUCACUCGGCUUGCUCGCUGUGAUGAGAGAAAAUUAACCUGCGCCAGGGGACAUAUGUGCAUGUUAAGCCAGGCAGGAGUCUUCAGAGCUUGAGCUCAUAUGCGAGAACUGUGUUUUUCUCCUCUGUGAGACUCAUCUUGAAAUAAUCCAGUGCAUACUAGAGUCUUGACCACAUAAUUACAUCACAGCUAACUGUUGUUGUAUCAGACUUGUUGUGAAGACAAAAUGCUCUUGCAUGCUU